AUUUCGAGUUUUUAACAAAAUGGAGCUGGAUGCGGUGCGUUUGGCUGCAGAUUUCUAUCGCAAUAUGCUCAAUGCCGAGCUCUUUAUAAACGAAUGGGUGCAGGAGCGUCUAAGCAGCGCAGAGCCUUUCUGGCGCCUCCUCAGCGUUUAUAUAGAGCCUGGAAAUCUGAUGAAUCUUAUCAUACCAGUGGUUGGCAUUUUUCGUCAAGAGAUGCUCAUACAUUUGGUUUUUGUAGUCAGCCUGGUUAGUGCAUUGAAUUCCUUCGAAAAGUGGAUCUAUCCAGAGCUGCGCCCGCUUUGGUGGCUGCGCGAGCUCUAUGCCAAUGAGAAGGCCUACAAGCCCCAGGUGGCUUUGCAGGCCCACGAGCUCAGCUGCGAAACAAGUGGCGGCAUGCCCUGCACCCACUCCAUGUCCUUUACGGUCUUCAUGCUCAUCCUGAUCUCCUAUCUGUUCGUCUAUUGCCAUCAGCGCUUCAAGUGCUGGAGGCCCAACACCUGGCGCAUCAUCGCCUAUAGCGUUAUAACUGGUUGUGUCUGCUGUGUCUGGCUAAGUCGUCUGUAUUUUGCCACCGAGUUCCUGCAUCAAUGUGUCCUGGGCAGUUAUUUUGGAGUGCGGGCCAUGAACAGCUUCGAGAAGCACACGGACUAUUUAUAUUCACGUCCGCGUGCCUGGUCCGUGCUCGUGAUCGUCCUUCUCGGCUGUGUCGCCAUUGCCGUAUACUUUGUCAAGCUGCAUUUGGGCGUCGAUCCGCAUUGGUCCGUCAGACAGGCCUUUAAAUGGUGCCCCGAACCUACCUAUAUGCGUCACGAGGCUAGUCCCAUUUUCAUGUUAGUACGCGACUUGGGAAAUUUAAUGGGCGUGGCCUUGGCCUCACCUUUGGCCAACAUAAAAGAAAGCAAUACCCGCUUCUGGCGACGCUUCUCUAUGAUUACUCUGCUGGAGCUGCUCAACUUUGGGAUUCGUCUUGCCACACCCAAGCAGCAUGGUCGCUUCGCAUUUCUCGCCUUUGAAUUUAUAAGAAACUCUAUACAUUCCUUUGCGCUAGUUAAGCUUAUCAAAUAA